UUUUCAUCUUCUUGGUAUCUCAUUGGGAAGUGUCGUCGUCUUGUCAUAUGAUCAAAGAAAUUUCAUAAAAAAAUCUUGAAAAAAUGUUAAAGAAUUUAAUAAUCUUUGCUUUUUGCAUUAUUGCAAUUAACGCCUCUGGCGAGCUAAACAUUCUAAAACAUCCCAACUCUAUCGCCUUCAAAGGCAAUGAAAAAUUAGAGAGUGAAUCUUUGGGCGAUGUUUUAGCUGCCUGCAUGGGCAAAUGGGUCGAUGACGCCCCGACCAAAUGGAAUGCUCUAUUUGUCAUUGAUCCCUUCGAUCUAGCCGACAAAACUCUAACAAUUGUUGUCGAAGGCACAGAUCAUUUAAAUUUUAAUGACAUCAAAGUUAAGUCAUUCAAAAUGAUUGGCAAUUCUGCUCAAGAUUCAAUUAAUGCAGCCAGUUCCGAUAUGGAAUCAUCUGGCACUCAAACGUACGCAUUGGACACUAAUCAGUUUAGCGAAUCGCUGAUGAUGUUGGAUGAUGUUCCAAAUCAAAUUGCUCCACUCAAAGGAACCAAUAAUUUGAAACCCGAAUUGCAUUCGGAAGAUAAAGAUUUGCUCACUAAGUUGGCUUAUAUCAAAGAAUUGGCUACCAAAUUCUUGACCUCGAACAAAACACAGUCAAUGUUUAAUAUUUUCAUUGACUUGAAUUCCCUUGCCAAGGCGCAUGGAGAGAAAUCGGCGGCUAUGGCUGAUGCCUUGAAAAUUGUUGCCAAGACAAUUGCCGAGAUCACGAAUUCGGCUGGCGAAGAUAGUUUGGUAGCUGUUGUAGCCGAGAAGGCUGAAGCUAAUCGUGCCAAGCGAGAGACUGUCGAUGGUGCAUCGGCUAAGGAUCUUAAUCUAGCAACUUACUACAAUGAAGAUUAUCCAGUAAUCUUUAAUAUUAUCCUUUGGUUUAUGGUGGUGUUGGCAUUCUCUGUGCUAGCAAUCUGUUAUGCCAUUGGUUCAAUGGAUCCUGGAAGGGAUUCAAUCAUCUAUAGGAUGACUUCGACUAGAAUGAAGAAGGACAACUAAGAGAAUAUUUUCUUCUUUUUUUGUUUUUCUUUUUUAAUGUCGAGAGUGCUGACUAAAUAGUAGCAUUUUGUUCCAUAAAAAUAAUUAUAAAUCAAUUUCUAAUCAAACAACAUAUAAACUGUUAGAGAAGUAUUAAAAAAUAGCUGGGCUUAUUAUAAAAAAAAAAUAAAAUAAUAAUAAAUAGAAUUGUUAAAA